ACGUCAACGUCAAUUUGAUUUGUCAAAAACUUCAACGAAAAUUCCUAUAAAUUAAUAAUAUUUGUCUCAUCUUUCACAAACUAAAAUUCUUAGAAUUUCUAAUUCUAAGAACAAGAAUGAAUAAUUGUUAUAGAUCAAGUGUUUAUUUGAUUUCCAUUUAAUAACAAUGGCAAAGAGAAAAGCGGGCUUGAAGAAUAUCAUUUAUGAAUUGGACAAUGAUGAUAUUGAAUUGAGUAGUGAUGAUGAAGCUAAAGAGACAAAAGUGGGACGGUUUGAAACUGAUAAGCAGAAGAAACAGCUUCCACAUGUAACCAACAAAGAAGAAAAUGUAGUAAAAACGCAUGAAAUCAUAAACUUAGAUUGUUCGAGUGACAGUAUUUGCAGUUUGAUUUCGCCCAACAAUACCCAUAUUGGAGGGAAAACUACAGAAACGGACAGUAACCAAACAAGUUAUUGUCAAAAUGAAAUCAAUGUCGACGAUUCAGAAAUACAAUUUAAAGAUUUACAAAAUAGCACUGUUUUAUUCAAAGAUCAUAAUAUUGUUGUUGAUUCUCCAUCUAACAGUGAUUUAGGUGUUGUAGGAUGCGAAAAUAGGGCUCCCCUAGUGACUGUGCGUUUUAGAGAUAGAGAAUUAGCUUGCAAAUACAAAAAACUGGUUAGGGAAUUUUUAAUUGACUUAUUGAAAUCACAGCAACAACAGUACAAAAAUGAAAAUUUCAAUUCAAAUGGAGAUUCUGACGUUGAGAUUGACAUUUGGCCGGAGGAGUUAUAUCAGGAAGGUUUCGGCAAAAUUGAAGAAGAUUGCGAUGACUUCAGCAAAGAUGAAGCGGUUACAGAGUUUGAUAAUAUAUCUGAGGAAGAUUUUGACAAAAUUAAAAAAGUUAAUGAUGACUUCAGCAAAAAUGAAGAGGUUACAGAGUUUGAUAAUGUAUCUGAGGUUGAUGACAGUAUGUUCUUUGUUGAUACAGCACCUUCCGAUGAAGCUCAUUCUGACAUACCAAAAUAUAGUAAAAAUUCCAGUUUAAUAACCAACAUUGUUGAAGAAGAAACUGCAUCUCCGACUGCACUCCGCAAGGGACCAAUUUGUUUUAACUGCGACGGGGAACAUCCACUCAGAGACUGUAAACUGCCAAGGAAUCAUAAUAAAAUAGCUGCCAGUAGAAAAAAUAUUGGUCCCAGAGUAGGUCGAUACCAUGUUGAAGAUGAGCAGAAAUAUGGCCAUUUAGUACCAGGCAGGAUAUCAGGAAACUUGAGGCAUGCAUUGGGUCUCAUGAGAAAUGAACUGCCACUGCACAUCUACCGUAUGAGGCUACUAGGCUAUCCUCCAGGAUGGCUUGAAGAAGCCAAGAUAUCUCACUCUGGGAUCACACUUUUUGAUUCUACUGGAAAUGCUACGCAGGACCCAGAGGAAGAGGACGGUGAAAUUUGUCAACCAGGAUCCAAAGAUAAGUUUGACAUUAAGAAGAUUUUAGACUUCCCUGGUUAUAAUGUUCCAGCCAGUUCAAGAUACAUUGAGGAAAGUCAUUUAUUUGGCUUACCCCCAAUGUCACAGCAAGAUAGUAAAAUGGAAAUGUUGCAAGCACUCGCACCAAAUGCCAUGCAGGCUUAUAAACGCAAGAAAUUAACAUUAUUCCCGUCAGCCAAUCAAAACUCUUUACUAGAGGGACAGGCUGAAAUGGAACUUGACAGUGGAGAUGAAAUAGCUGAAUUCCCAUCGAUACCACCACUACCCGAUGAAGCGCCGCCACCGCCGCCUCCGCCGCCGCCUACACCACCACCAGAUGACACACCUUUACCAGUAAACUCCGACAAAUCAAACAAAUUACCUGACAAAAGUAAAACUACAAAUAAUAGCAUUAAAAAGGAAUCCAAUAAAGAUUUAGUAAAAACAAAAGAAAAUUCGACAAAUGCAAAGAGAAAAUUUGAUGGUAAUGAAGUUGAUUUGGCAACUUCAAGUGAUGAUGAGUUAGAAGUAAUUGAGGUGUUACAAGUCCCUGAUAUUCCGAUACCUAAAGUUGAUGAACUCAUAUCUAUUGAUGUGGAUGACGACAAGUCACAGCUUAGUAGUGGACCCGACAGCCCGAGUCUGGUUGCAUUAGAAGAAAGAAAAAGACGACUUCUUGACGCUCUAAUAGUUGACGAUGAUCUCAGCAUGGAGUAUAUUGUACUUGACGAAACAUUUUCGGACAACACUGACAAUGUCGAUACUAUAAGUAAGGCUGAAACUAUUGAUGAAACAGAAACAGAAGAUGAAGGUCCCAAGGAAAUGGAUAAAGAAACAGAAAUGCAGAACAUUAGUAUAACAGAUUCAGAGAAAUGUUCAAAAAUUGAUAUUGAUGACACUUUGUCAUUGAGUGAUGAUUCGAAAACAGUCGAAGCAAAAAAAACUGAGCCUCAAAAGUCUUCAAUUGAAAAUGAAGAUAAAAGUACUAAAAUAGAAGAGUUGUCUGUAAUUGUAGAGGACGUGAAUACAAAUGUUGAAAAGUCUUCCACUUCAAACAAAGCUAUUAUGAAUAAUGUAGUAAAUAAGUCUGCCAUUGUUAAUGAACUUAAAGAAACAGAACUGGAAGGAGAAAAAGGGGAAGUUAACAAGGAGUCUGUGAGUAAAGAGGUCAAUACAACAGAUUCAAAAACAGGUACUGUAAAAAAUACCUUAUAUGGUACACCUGUCCUCAAUGUCGCGUCUCCUUUUGUUAAAUUACCUAGUGACGACAAGUUUGCUAAGGACAUAAGUGAUGUCAUACACUUUGAAAAUCUCCCGAAUUCAACAGGUAAGUUUAAACAAAUCAGCAGUUUGCUCAAACGGGUUAAAUCUGAAGUAGACAGGAUACAGGAUUCAUGAUUAGAAGAAACCGCCAUUUUAUAAAUGUUGUAUAAAUAAGGUAUCAAUGUUUUAAAAUUAAAAUUACUUUUAUCGGCCCAUACCAAACAUUAAAAAUAAAUAGGCGUCACGUAAAACACAGUCGAUGAGAUUUUCAAGUAAUUAGGCGAUGGAUAAAAGCAAGUGUAUUAAUUUUGUCAGAUAAACACUUCUAACACUGCUCUUUUACAAAAAAAAAGGUGAUAAGGAAAUAAAUACUAAGAAGUCAAAAAACUAAAGCUCUUGAAAUUUUUAUAAUUCCUUACAAUAUAUGAUAGUUUUUGGAUAAUAAUUUGAGAAUAUAAGACCCAGAUAUAGCUUUUGUAUAAAUAAGGUAUCAAUGUUUUAAAAUUAAAAUUACUUUUAUCGGUCCAUACAGAACAUUAAAAAGAAAUAGGCGUCACGUAAAACACAGUCGAUGAGUUUUUCAAGUAAUUAGGCAAUGGAUAAAAGCAAGUGUAUUAAUUUUGUCAGAUAAACACUUCUAACACUGCUCUUUUACAAAAAAAAAGGUGAUAAGGAAAUAAAUACUAAGAAGACAAAAAACUGAAGCUCUUGAAAUUUUUAUAUUUCCUUACAAGAUAUUAUAUGAUUGUUUUCGAAUAAUAAUUUGAGAAUAAGACCUAGAUAUAGCUUUUUUCUGAACUCGUCUAAGGCAAUAGUUAAGUUUAGAUAUGGAAGGAGAGCUCCGCCAUAUCACUCUCCAAGCUGUUAUUUUCCAUGGUUAUUAUAUUACAUACAACCUAGGUCGCUGGAUUAUUAUGUUUUGUACACUGCGCAACCAUACGCCUCGUUUUCAGAGUCGUAAGAAACAGGUGUUUGGCGUAAACUAAGACAUAGUGACAAUAACUAAUAUCACUCAAGUUAUGCUCAUUAUUAUAUAAAUCAUGAGAGUUUAAGGAAAACUUUCGUGCCUUGUAGUUUUUCCUUUACAUUGUACAUAUUUCACUAGUUAAAUCACUUUUCUGUACUUGAUAUUUUUGCUAUCAUUGUUAUUUUUUUGUUAAAUUAUUAUAAUAUUUAACUUGGUAGCUAUUAUGUAAAAGAUUUUCCCGUUCCCAUGGGAAAAUGCAUUUCAGGGUGUUACAUACUCAAAUGAACUGUAUAAUAAUGCAGUUAUUUCUAUAUCGACGUUGUUAUUUAUGUGACGCGCCUUUUUAUACCAGAUAUUUGAUUGAUCAUAAUCAGUAGACAAAAAAUGCAUUAGGAAAAACUGUACAGUUCUUAGUUUGGCCUACACACAGAUGUUUAAUCAAUCAAAUCAAAAAUCAUUUAUUUCAAGUAGGCUCAGUUUACAAGCACUUUUGACACGUCAGUUGACUAUUUGUAAAGAUUCUACCACCGGUUCGGAAGGCAGGUCCUGCUGAGAAGAUACCGGCAAGAAACUCAACAGUUGCUCUUUUGAAAAAGUCAUACAGUAUUAUAAUUUACAAUUGAUAACAAUUACUGUUUACAUUUGUUAUAGUUUUACUUCCUGUGUGAAGGUUCCUUAAAUUAUUUUUGCCUGGCAUCCCAAGCAUAUUCCCAUAUUUUCAUGUGCGUUGUGUAUGUCGAUACGGUGUGAUUUUGUCGUAAUUUUUCAGUGUGACGUCACACAUCCUUUAUAAUUUUUUUCAUUAAGUUACAAACUAUCAGGCACAUGUGAACGUCAGGUAAAAACAAUUUACAUAUAAAUACUUAUUUAAACCCAAUUCAGAUUUUAUGUUACCAAGCUGUACAUUAAUGCUUGAUAUUAAAUAAUAUUUUUGUACUGAAUGUUGUAAUAUACAAGUACAAACUAUACCAAACGUGGUAUUUUUGAAAAAAUAAAAUAAAUAUCAAAACUAUAUUAUACAUUUAUUUUCGUUAUUGUGAUUUAUUGCAAACUGCACAAGAGCGACUGACGUGGAAAUGUUUUUUUUUUUUAGAUAAAAAUAAAACAAUCGAAAUAAGUGUCACAAUAAUCUUUAUUUCUUUGCAUAAAUAUAAUACAAUAUUGAAUGUCAUGGCUAAAUCUACGUGUAAGCAUUUGCAACUGAGUGACAAUUUAAUAAUAAUCAUAUUAUUUAUAUUUAACCUCAAACCCAAACAAAAUAUCAAAUGGAAACGCUAAAAACUAGUGGAAUAUCACAUAUCAGGCUGGAUACAAAUAAAGCUAGCCAUGUUGCAAAAACAUAUGUGUUUGCUGACAAAGUAGCAACUUCACAGAAUAAAAAUAAAUACAUUAUAUUAUGUACAUAAAAAUAUAGUGGAGAUUUGAUUUUUUGGAUCUGGGGCGCCAACUAACAUGCGACCACGGGAUGAGAAAUGGACAAAAUAUCUAAUGGCGACGAAGUUGUUCCAGUACCAUCUUUUUCUCGCCAUUGGUUGAAGUUCAUUUAUUUCUCUUCACGAUUAUUUCGUUGGUCGCAACGAAAUUUAGUAGAUAUGUUACAUGCCUAUAAAAUCACAGCAAAAAGUGAUCCGAUUUUAGCUACUUCACUGAGCGCAUACAUGAUCAAUUUUGAGUUUAAUACCUUUAUAUAUUUAUGUAUUAUUUAUUUAAAUAACUUUCGUUUGUUUACUAUGCGCUCAAUGAAAUUAAGACAAUUAGCUUUUGUUCGCCUCAGUUUUGACGUUGUUAUAAAACCUUUGGUUGGUCGCACGUUAGCGCCGCUGUUAUAAAUAAGCAUUGAACCCAGAGAUGAGAACCAUGUAAGUUCUUCGCUUAAUCGCGUCUUAUUAAACUAUAAUAAUUUUUUUUCAUGGAGAAAAACUGCUAUACUCCGCGCCUCGAAACAAGUCCCGUAGACAUGGCGCUUAUUUAUGUCUUAAUGGCGCUCAUUGACAUUUGGUAAUGGCGGUCUUAUUGUCAUUUGUGUACGGCGAUGUUAAUUUCAGUUCAGAUUUUAGCGAGACUUCUUUUGUGGCGCGGAGUCUAGUAUUUUGUAUGGAACUUGCAGUUGAUCCACAUAAAGCCGUCCAAAAACAGAUGUGUAUUCGUUUAAGGUGGUAAGUCAAAUGUUCUGAUGAUACUAUUGAGAUCUUGACAGCAUUAAAGUGUUUUUCAGAUAGCAUUGGUACGGUGACAGUUCGUUUCACUCUUUGAAAGUUUGGCGCGAUUUACGAUAACAGUACUUAUUAUGAACGUCAUACAGGCGACAGACACCAUACCCACCAAUACCCAUGCUAACUGAAAACACUUUAGUAUAGCAGUAAUUCCCCGCCGUUUCAAUUCAGUGAUAAAUACUACUAUUGAAUUGUACCAUAAGGAAAAAAUAACUACAACACAUAUAACCCUUCUAACUCAAACACGAAUUUAACAGAUCAUUUGUUUUUUAGUUUUGACUAUAAUCAAAAUUCCAAGCUAUUUAAUUUUAUAGUUCUAAAAAUAGCAUGAAAUUGAAAUUUUUAUCACAGAAAUUUAACAUAAUUAAACAAAUUAAUCUGAAUAUUAGCCACUAAUAUUUCAAUAUCAAAUUCAUAUAAAGAGCUACUUUGCCAAUCAUUGUCCACAAUAACUUAUACAUUUAAAUAAAUAAUAAUGAUAAUAAAUGUCAUUUAUAGUUUUGUUACUCAAUUGUCGUGAGUAUUGUUAUAAAGGUCUUUUUAACGCUUUCUAAGCUAAAAUGUGAUGUAAUCAAAAUAAGAGUAAUUUUUAGAUAAAUUACCCACUUUUUUGUAAGAUUUUCCAGAUUUAUGUACCAUCGAUAUCCUACCUAC